AUGGCAGAAUCCUACGACCGCGAGCGCCAGAACGACAGUAGACUCGAUGAGCUCUCCGCUAAAGUCAGUGCCCUUCGGGGCGUCACAGUGGACAUCUACGAUAACGCAAGGGCGCAGGACGUCAUUGAUAAUACCUCCGACACAUUUUCCUCCAUGGGCACGACGCUCAAGGGAUCCGCGCAGAGGCUAGGGCGCAUGGCGGCGUCGGGGAAUAAGAUGGCGGCGUUCAAGCUGUCGGGGAUAAUUGUUGGGACGGUGCUGGUGUUGUGGUUUAUUUGGGGGUUGUUUGUGUGA